AUCAUGGAGCUUGAUAUGGAAAACAGAGAUCCUAACUCAUUGAAUGACAAUGUUCAGGUUUCGUUUGAAGAUGUCCUUGGAGAACCUGUAGGUAUCAACAGCAUUGACUGUGUAUGGAAGAACAGCUACUGGUGUUUCAACUGCGGUAAAAACUGCUGCUACAAGUUCAUGACAUGUCUUUGUGGAAUUUGCAUCGCUCUAUACUGGGGCUGUGAGUUUGCCAUUAUUGCUUUCGAUCAAAUCUGGUGCAUCACUCCUUCUCUCAGAGUCUUCUCCAUCUACUGCGGCUGCGCACAGAAGUUCUUCGGUACUGUCGUUAACUGCUUCUUGGCACCAGUUUGUGAAACAUUUGGCCUAAUGUUCAGUAAGAUUCAUGUCACAAAUAAGUAA